UGAUGGAGGAGCAUUACCAAUGGAGGGAGAGAACUGUAAGUAAACAAUACAGUUUUCUCCCCUGUCAGCUCCUGCACACUGCUAUGCAUGGCUUUGCAUAGCAGAGCCAUUGAAAACACACACACACAGCCCCACAGUAAAACAGCACACAGUUAACCCUUUGAUCGCCCCCGAUGUUAACCCCUUCCUGCCCAGUGCCAUUAGUACACUGCCAGUGCUUUUUAUUAGCACUGAUCAUUGUAUUGGUGUCACUGGGGUUGUCAGUGACACCAAGUCAGUUCCCCCCAGUGUCAGAAUGCCCACCGUAGUCCUGCCCAUAAGUCGCUGA